AUGGGUACUCGUAGAAACAGCCUAAAAGCCUCACCAAAGAAAAAAUCUCACACACUGCAGGACCUAUUUGAACUUGAUUCCAGGGCCAGCACUGGCAGUAACUUUCACAGCAGCAACAAUAUUGGCAGGCAAUCAUCUUUUGAAUCCGAAAACGAUGAACUACUUUCAACCAUCUCUUACUGCUCCAUCACCUAUUCCUUCACUGAUCCUCUGGAAUCUCCUUCACAGCAAGAUUUGAAGCAGCUCAAGCUCAUCCAGCUCCUCUCCAUCAUAAAGUCUUUGAAAAAGCCGCUCCAUGAUCAAGUUCUAUCUGCCCUUUUCUCCAUGUUAUCGGCCAACCUCUUCCGUCCACUUCCUCCCCAAUGCAACAUCAUCUUUGUCUUCCCUGAUGAUGAGGAUCUCACUGCUACACCUGUAGCUGCAUGGCCACACUUGCAAAUUGUCUACGAUAUCCUUCUCCAGCUAGUACUCAGCACAGAUGCCAAGGCACUUCGAGAUUACAUUGAUCAAUCCUUCCUUCUCAAUCUUCUGUCCUUUUUUCAGUCUGAAGAUCAGAGGGAGCGUGAGACCUUGAAGAAUGUCUACCACCGGAUAUAUUUAAAGUUCACGUUCUACCGAUCAUCAAUGCGAAAGGCAAUGAAUGAUGUGUUCUUGCACUAUGUUUUUGAGACAGAUCAGAGACACUGUGGCAUAGGAGAGCUACUUGAGAUUUGGGGAAGCAUCAUUAAUGGCUUCACUGUCCCACUCAAGGAAGAACACAAGCUUUUCUUGAUGAGAGUUCUGGUUCCUCUGCAUAAGCCAAAAGGUUUACAGGUUUACCAUAGGCAGUUGGCCUAUUGUGUUUCUCAGUUUGUGCAGAAGGAGCCUGUGCUUGGUGGGAUUGCUAUUAGAGGGAUUCUGAAAUAUUGGCCUGUCACUAACUGUCAGAAGGAGGUUUUGCUUAUAGGGGAGUUGGAGGAAUUGGUGGAGAACGUAGAUCCUGAGCAGCAUAGGAAGUUAGCUCUGCCUUUAUGUACCCAAAUAACAAAGUGCUUGAACAGUUUCAACUCACAGGUAGCAGAGCGUGCACUCUAUGUGUGGAACAACGAGCAGUUCGUGAAGAUGGCAUCAGCAGCGAUGGAAGAGGUGUUUCCUGUGUUAGUCGAGGGAAUGGAGAAGAACCUGAAAUGGCAUUGGAACCCAAGUGUUCGGCAAUUGACAGAAAAUGUUAAAUUGAUGCUGGAAGAAAUGGAGCCCACUCUGUACUCAAAGUGCCUGCAAAAGCUUGAACGUCAUGAGUCCACGACUCGCGAGGAAGAGAUGAGGAGAAAGGAGAAGUGGGAAAGAAUAGAAACUGCAGCAGUCAAGAACCAGUUCCUUCAACAACCACAUUAUAUAUGUGUUUCCAAUUGA